AUGUUUAACAAAAUAAACUACUGUGGUAAUGUUUUUAUUUUGUUAACUCUCAUUUAUAUAACCAGAUUAGUUUUAAGUGAGAUAUUUGAAGAUAAUAUAUCUGAAGUUGACGAGUGGCUCGAACAAAAUGAUCUCGGGGAAUAUAAGAAAUUAUUCAAAGAUCUGGGUAUAUCGACGUUAUCUGGAUGUGGUUCACCGGAGAACAUGGAGCGCCUCCCGGAGCUGCCCGCGGCUGAGGAGCGUCGCUUGCGGAGAGCGGCACACGUGCUGCAGCAACGACUCAUCCUACGACAGUGGCUGGCCACACACAAGCUACAACAUGCUUAUCCCAAAUUGCUGAGUCUAGACGUGUCGUCUCUUGAGGACGUGUACUGGGUGGAGGACUCGGCCGCGAGGCACGUGAUCGAGCCCAAGGACUUCAGCGUGUGGUCCACGGCCCGACAGAGUCUGCCCACGGGCAAGGAGGCCCUGCAGUCGCUCAAGUCAGACCUGUGGAGUGCCGUGGUGAAGAGCAGCAAGCAUCAAGACGCCUGGACAUGGGGUGGUAUGCUGGUGGUGUCCAUCUCAGUAUGUGGCCUGGUGACGCUGGCGGCUAUGACCCAGCCGUCCCUGGCUCCCGAGGCCAAGCACUCGCUGCUGCAGUACGUCACCGGGAAGUACCUGCACCCGCCCAGCUGUAAGGUGGAGUGGGGCUGGGAGGAACCCCAAGCUGUCGGUGAGACGAUGUCCUUCACUGUACACUGUUACCAAAGAAACGGACAGCCCUACCCAGUGUGUGAUACAGACGACCUGGUUGUACACAUCUCACAUGGAACUAGGAAGAUAGCUGCGGUCGUGGAGCUGGGGUCUGGAGACCCGGCUAAGGCGAACACCGCGCGGGUGAAGUUCACCGUGAGGACGGCCGGCGUGUACGUCAUCAACAUACUGAUCGGCGGCCAAGUGGGCGCGGGCGGGCCUCACCGCAAGUGGUUCAGCGCGGGGCGCGUGGAGGCGCGGCGGUCGCGUGUAGGUCGAGCGCGCGCCCCACUCGUGUGUACGGAGCACCGCCCGCGACGUCUGCACCUGCACCCGCGGGACCGGUUCGACAACCCCGCGGCCCUGCAGCACCCCGCGGCGCGGGGGUUCACCGUCCACCUGUCACCCCUCGGAGACCCCAGCGGGGAGCCCGACCCUCAGCUGUCCGCGGCCGCCACCAUUGAAUAUGACGCGGCGGAGCGCCGGGUCAGCGUGGCGCUGUGUUUCCCGCGCGCCGGAGUGUUCCGGGCGGCUGUUCACUACGAGGGAGCGCUCCUACAUAACGGGGAGUUCGACUGUAUCGUACUCACUGCGGCUGAUACGGAGAUCGUCCAGCGUCAAUUAGGUUCUCGUCGCGGCGCCACGUGGGAGGCCCGUACAGUAGGCCCCAGCUCCCCGUCUGCGAGGCCCCGCCGGGUCCUGUGUGUCCUCAGCGCCAAGCAACUGCUCCUCAAGGACUACUUCCUCAGAUUCAUUCCUAAACGCAUCACCUCCUUCCGGCUCUGUCCAUCGACAAAGCUAAUCCUGAGUCCGCGUCCCGAGGGCACAGGUCCGGGCGGCGAGCUGACCCUAGACGACGGGGUCCAACCUCCGCUGACAUUAUACUGCGCGCAGAGGGACCUGCUGGCGGCCACCUUCACUCAGCUGCUGAUCGCCAACUGCGGCGGCGAGGACAGCUUCAAGAACAAGCAGGACUACUUCUACAGUGAGGUGCGCAAGGCCCACGCGCGCCAGCCGCACGACAAGCUGCCGCUGAGAGUGUCCCGCGCCGACCUGCUGCGGUCCAGCUUCAAGGCCACCAAGCACUUCACGCUGGCCGACUGGUGCAAGAACUUCGACGUCACCUUCCAGGGCGAGCAAGGCGUGGACUGGGGCGGCGUGAGGCGUGAGUGGUUCUCCCUACUGUGCGGGAAGCUGUUUGACGCCCGCUGUGGCCUGUUCGUGUCGUGCCAGGAUUCUCCGGCCGGCCUCGUGCAUCCCAACCCUGAGCGACCCGCGCAUCUCAAGUUGAAGCACUUCGAGUUCGCCGGCCGCGUGGUCGGGAAGUGUCUAUACGAGAGCGCGCUGGGCGGUGCCUACAGGCAGCUGGUGCGGGCCAGGCUCGCGAGGUCCUUCCUGGCGCAGAUCAUAGGACUGCGCGUGCAUUACAAGUACUUCGAACAAGACGACCCAGAGCUGUAUCUGUCCAAAAUAAAGUACAUCCUGGAGACGGACCUGGACGCGGCCGACUCUCUGCCCGAGAUAUACUUCGCGGACGACGUGUACGACACCAGCGGCCGGCUCGUGGAGACGAGGGACCUGGUGCCCAACGGGUCCAGCAUCAGGGUUCGUAACAGCAGCAAGCUCCAAUACCUGGACGCGCUGGCCCAGUGGCGGCUGGCGGCCCGUUGGCGGCCCGAGACGGACGCGUUCCUGCGGGGCCUGACGCUGCUGGUGCCCGACCACCUGCUGGCCAUCUUCGACGAGAACGAGCUCGAGCUGCUCAUGUGCGGCACGGGCGAGCUGUGCGUGGCGGACUGGCGCGCGCACGCGCUCGUGUCGGGCUCCGGGCGCUCGUGGGAGCGACGCCUGGGCUGGCUGUGGGCGGCCGUGGGCAGCUUCAGCGGCGAGGAGCGCGCGCGCCUGCUGCAGUUCACCACGGGCUGCUCGCAGCUGCCGCCGGGCGGCUUCCGGGACCUCAGCCCGCGCUUCCAGAUCGCGGCGGCGCCCACGCACGGCGCGCUGCCCACCGCCCACACGUGUUUCAACCAGCUGUGUCUGCCGGACUACGACUCGUACGACCAGCUGGUGCGGGCGCUGCUGUGGGCCAUCAACGAGGCCGGGGAGGGCUUCGGCAUGAUCUGA